CUGACACUGUGGACGUGUUUCGCCUGCAAUGUCCAUUAAUAAAAAUUAAUUUUAAAUAGAUAGGUAUUGUUAAUAGGUAUUAAUUAAACGCAUUUACGUGAACGUGUCGUGGACAUUCAAUAAAUUCUGAAUAAAUUCGAGAAAAGCGAACAAAAGCAAUAUAAAAUACUGAAAAAAAGCAAUUUUUAAUUUUCAAACAAAUUGAAAUAAAAACCAAUAAGAAGUGAAAAAAGGUGAAAGAACAUCACACAAAAAAAGAAGAUCAAUGAAUUUACGAAAAUCCUACACGUAGUAAAAACAAACCGGAUACCUACAGUUAUUCCAGACAACAUUGAACAAUCAAAAAUUUUACGGAAAAUAAAACACGUAGACAGUGAUUUGCAAACUUUGUUGUUUGCAGGAAAGACGUGUGUGUAAAAAACGUGAACAAAAGUGACAAAAAAUUUAUGUAAAUAGUAUAAUUUUCUUUAUCAAUUAAUUUAAAUUAACACAAAAAAGCCGUAGAACAAAAUGGAAGCUGAAACAAUCACAGAAACGCCUGUAGAUGAGCCCUUUUUGGGACCCGUAGAUAUCGUUUUACUCAUCGUUUUGGUAAUCGGAGGGGCAUGGUGGCUGCUAUCGAACAGAAAAAAGGAACAAGCUAGUCAAGUUAAAUCAUAUUCAAUUCAACCUACCACAGUUAACACGUUAUCUGUGACAGAAAAUUCCUUUAUUAAGAAACUCAAGUCGUCAGGACGUAGUUUAGUGGUUUUCUAUGGAUCGCAAACGGGAACUGCUGAAGAAUUCGCGGGACGAUUAGCGAAAGAGGGCAUGCGUUAUAAGUUAAAAGGCAUGGUUGCCGAUCCAGAAGAGUGUGAUAUGGAGGAACUUUUGCAACUGAAAGACAUUCCAAACUCGCUAGCGGUGUUCUGUCUCGCCACUUACGGCGAAGGAGAUCCAACGGACAACGCCAUGGAAUUCUACGAAUGGAUUACGAACGGAGACGUCGACUUGAGCGGACUCAAUUAUGCCGUUUUCGGUUUGGGAAACAAAACUUAUGAACAUUACAAUAAAGUUGCCAUUUACGUGGAUAAACGUUUGGAAGAAUUAGGAGCUACGAGAGUUUAUGAACUUGGAUUGGGAGAUGAUGAUGCCAAUAUUGAAGACGACUUCAUCACAUGGAAAGACAAAUUCUGGCCAAACGUAUGUGACUUCUUCGGCAUCGAAAGCACGGGAGAAGAUGUCAUGAUGCGUCAAUAUCGUCUCCUCGAACAACCCGAUACAUCUCCGGAUCGCAUCUACACCGGCGAAGUUGCUCGUUUGCAUUCGUUGCACACACAACGUCCUCCCUUCGAUGCGAAAAAUCCCUUUUUGGCUCCCAUCAAGGCAAAUCGUGAGCUUCACAAGGGUGGCGAUCGUUCAUGCAUGCACAUCGAAUUCGACAUUGAAGGUUCCAAGAUGCGCUACGAAGCGGGCGAUCAUUUAGCGAUGUAUCCCGUGAACGAUUCGAAACUCGUUGAAAAGUUGGGAGAAUUGUGCAAAGCUGAUUUGAACACCGUUUUCUCGUUGAUCAAUACUGACACCGACAGCAGUAAGAAACAUCCGUUCCCCUGUCCAACAACGUACAAAACUGCUCUGACGCACUAUUUGGAGAUCACGGCAAUUCCUCGAACGCACAUCCUCAAAGAAUUGGCGGAAUACUGUUCGGACGAGAAAGAUAAGGAAUUUUUGCGUCUCAUGGCAAGCACGACGCCCGAAGGCAAAGCCAAAUAUCAGUCGUGGAUUCAAGAUAGUUGUCGAAAUAUCGUUCACAUUUUGGAAGAUGUGCCAUCGUGUCAUCCGCCAAUCGAUCAUUUGUGCGAAUUGUUGCCGCGCCUGCAACCACGUUACUAUUCAAUUUCGUCGUCGUCGAAGCAAUUUGGCACGACAGUUCACGUUACCGCCGUUUUAGUCAAAUACGAGACGAAAACGGGACGCGUUAAUAAUGGCGUUGCAACGACAUUCCUUGCACAAAAGAAACCCUCGGAUCCGGAACAUUUGCCACGCGUUCCCAUCUUUAUACGUAAAAGUCAAUUCCGGUUACCAACAAAACCAGAAACUCCAAUUAUCAUGAUUGGACCGGGAACUGGCUUAGCUCCGUUCAGAGGAUUCAUUCAAGAACGGAAUAUGACACGAGAGGAAGGUAAAACAGUUGGAGACACAAUUCUCUAUUUUGGAUGUCGCAAAAAGAGUGAAGAUUACAUCUAUCAAGAGGAAUUAGAAGAAUACGAGAGAAAUGGAACCCUCACACUUAAAUUAGCGUUCUCGCGAGAUCAGGAGAAGAAAGUAUACGUAACUCACUUGUUAGAACAAGACGCCGAUCUUGUAUGGAAUGUUAUUGGAGAAAACAAAGGUCACAUCUACAUUUGCGGUGAUGCUAAAAACAUGGCAACUGAUGUGCGCAACAUUCUUCUCAACAUUAUCAAGACCAAAGGUGAUAUGACUGAAAAAGAUGCUGUUCAAUACAUCAAGAAAAUGGAAGCACAAAAACGUUACUCUGCGGAUGUCUGGAGUUAAUGAUACCAAAACAACAACCUACCUACGUCAAAAGAUGGAACGCGAUCAAAUUUUUUUUUAUUUAAAAUAUAUCUUGGGAAGUGUGCUUUAAAAUUAAAAAAAGAGAAAAAAUUAGAAGCAGUAUCUGAAAAAGAAACGACUAGAACUAGACGAAUAAUUUUUAAUUUAAUGCAAAAUUGGGAAUAGGGGUCUCACAUGACUAUCAACAAGCAUAAGGAAUGCUUUUUAUUAAGUUUUUAUUUUUAAUUUAUAAGGUUAGCCAAAAUAACACGAACAACUUGUUGAUUUUAUAAAUACCAGUUUUUAGGUGUAAUGAUUAAUUAUUAUUUAUACCAUUAUAUAAGUUUCAAUUUAUUAAAUAUAAAAAAAAUUUGUAUAAAAAUGAAUUUUCAGUUCUUAAAAGUGCCUUGAAUCUUCAAAUUUUUUGUUUAAUUCGUUUCGAAAAAUUAAGAGUAAAAAAUAAAUAAAUUGUAACUAAAUGUAUGAACUUUUUUUUCUUUGCUUAAUUACUAAAUGACUGAUUUUUUGUGGAUUUAGAGAUAAAUAUUGCAUCUAAGAGAAAGACUUGCACUUCUCACAACAUGGAAUUUCGUUAUUUAUAUUGCAGCCA